AUGGAUCCAAUUUUUGAGGAUUAUGUGUCUGCAUCAAACAACAAAGAUAUAAAAAUAUAACGAAAUGGUGAUUCAAAUUUAUGUUGCACUAUUACCAUAAGAAAAAAUACAAAAUUUAGUGAAAUUAGUUAAUCGUUGCAAUAAAAAUGGGACGCAUAUUUUAAUCGUCUACGUUUAUUUAAUCAAGAAGGAGUGGAGAUAACAGAAGAUGAUCUCGAUUAUGUUAAAAAUGGAACUGUCUUGUUUGCCUCUGAGGGUGAAGAAUUUGAUGAAAUAUUUUAAUAGGCAGAAUAUGAACUACUUUAAGAUAUUGGAGAUAGAGGAUUUAGUAAGGUUCUUCUAGGUAGACACAAAAAAACAGGAGAAAAAGUAGCAAUCAAAAUUAUGAAAUAAUCAUCGACUAAUGCUUAAGAUGAUGACGUGAUUUUUGGAGAUGCUUUAAAGCAUGAUAGCAUAGUAAAGAUUUAUGAUGCAUUCUAUUUGCAAAAUUUUUAAAUGGUGUAUAUUAUGGAGUACUUGGAAGGAGGUGAUUUGCAAUAAUACUUAUAAACAAAAGGUAAAUUUGAGGAAAGUGAAGCUAGACAUUAUCUUAAAUAGCUUGCUAGUGCUAUUUCAUAUUGCCACUAAAAGAAAAUAAUUCAUGGCGAUCUAAAAUUAGAAAAAUUAUUGUUAACAAGUAAAGAUUCAGGAGUAAUUAAAUGUAUUUGCUUUGGUAUUUCUGGUUUAUCUUCAAAUGGCAACCCUGAAAAUGCAGAUGCAGGUAGUCUUCGAUAUAUGGCUCCGGAAUUAUUUAAAGGAAUGGAUAAAGGUGUCUCUCCAUAAGUGGAUGUAUGGUCCAUGGGUGUAAUACUAUAUAAAAUGCUAUUUGGAACUCUACCAUUUAAUGGUAACACCAAAAGGGAAAUUAUCACUCAAAUCUCAGAAGCUCGAUUAAUGAUCCCAACAGAUUUUAAUACUAAAUUAUCUCGAAAUUGCUAAGACUGUCUAUAACGCACUCUAGAACCUGAUCCAAAAAAGAGAAUAACCUCAAUUGAACUAUAAAAUCAUCCGUUUUUGACAAAUGAAAACACUCUUAACACUAAUACGAAUAGUACUUAUAAGAGUAAAAUUUAAACCUAAUUAUAACAGAUUGAAAAUGAUGAAUAUCCUAUUGUUAAUUAAGAAUAAUCAACUUCGAAUAACAAAUAAAAUCUUCAAUUUACCAAACAAAAUCUUUAAAGUUUGAGAUAAUUGAUAUAGGUUCAGAAAAAUAUUCCACAACAAUCAGCUUCAAUAUAAAAGCAAUCAUGA